GGGAGUUGUGGGGUUGCUGAGUUUCUGAGGCGAUUGUGCUGCGCUCGGUGAGGGAACGGCCAGAGACCCCUGAUCCGGGGUCACGACGUCGCCGUUCUCCUCUUGUCCACGCUCUGGACCCGGUGCUAUCUCUUUGUCCACACUUACGUGAUACAAAAUGCCCUUCAAUGGUGAGAAACAGUGUGUGGGAGAGGACCAGCCAAGCGAUUCAGACUCUUCGCGGUUUUCCGAAAGCAUGGCUUCGCUCAGUGACUAUGAGUGCUCCAGGCAGAGCUUCACAAGCGACUCCUCCAGCAAAUCCAGCUCUCCCGCUUCAUCAAGCCCUCCCAGGGUUGUAACAUUUGAUGAAGUGAUGGCAGCAGCAAGGAACUUAUCAAACAUGACUCUUGCUCACGAAAUUGCUGUAAAUGAGAACUUUCAGUUGAAACAAGAUGCCCUCCCGGAGAACAGUUUGGCUGGUCGAGUGAAGCACGUUGUUCACCAGGCCUUCUGGGACGUGUUGGAAUCAGAACUAAACGCUGACCCUCCUGAGUAUGAACAUGCCAUCAAACUGUUUGAAGAAAUCAGAGAGAUUCUUCUCUCUUUUCUGACACCUGGAGGCAACCGGCUUCGAAACCAGAUCUGUGAAGUUUUAGACACGGACCUCAUUAGGCAGCAGGCUGAGCACAGUGCUGUCGACAUCCAAGGCUUGGCCAACUAUGUCAUCAGUACAAUGGGAAAGCUGUGUGCUCCCGUGCGAGAUAACGCUAUCAGAGAAUUAAAGGCUUCUGGCAACAUCGUGGAGGUGCUGAGACAAAUAUUCCAUGUCCUGGACCUCAUGAAAAUGGACAUGGCCAAUUUUGCAAUUAAGAGUCUUAGACCCCACCUUCAACGCCAGUUGGUGGAAUAUGAGAGAACCAAGUUCCAGGAAAUUUUAGAAGAAACUCCAAGUGCUCUUGAUCAAACUACAGAAUGGAUAAAAGAAUCUGUAAAUGAAGAAUUACUUUCUCUUUCUGAGACUGCUUUCACCCCUGGGGUUGAAAAUAGCUCCAAGCCAAGCCUGAGCCCUACAUUGGUGCUUAAUAAUAGUUACUUGAAACUGUUACAGUGGGAUUAUCAGAAAAAAGAAUUACCAGAGACACUCAUGACAGAUGCAGCACGUCUUCAGGAACUGACAGAAAAGCUGAAUCAGUUGAAAAUUAUUGCCUGCCUGUCCCUAAUUACCAAAAACAUGGUGGGUGCUGUUACAGAAGGCCUACCUGAGCUUGCAGACAGAUUAAAAAGGAUUUCAACUGUUCUACUUGAAGGCAUGAACAAAGAGACCUUUAACUUGAAGGAAGUCCUGAAUUCUAUUGGUGUUCAGACUUGUGUUGAGGUUAACAAGACCCUGGUAGAAAGAGGUUUACCCACUUUAAAUACUGAGGUUCAAGCUAAUCUCAUCGGUCAAUUUUCAAGCAUUGAAGAAGAGAAUAAUCCUAUCUGGUCCUUGAUUGAUAAACGAAUUCAACUAUACAUGAAAAGUCUACUUUGUCUUCCAAGUCCUCAAAGAUGCAUGCCUCUCGUGCCAGGAGGCCUGGCUGUUAUUCAGGAGGAGCUAGAAGCCCUAGGCUCUCAAUAUGCAAACAUUGUGAAUCUCAACAAACAAGUGUAUGGACCAUUUUAUGCAAAUAUACUUCGAAAGCUACUCUUCAGUGAGGAAGCCCUGGGGAAGGUAGAUGCCUCACCUCCUACUAACUAGAAAGGAACUGACACCAGAUAAGAGAUUGGAAAUUCAGCACUUUGGUAACCAAUCCAUUUCCAUUGGUGGCAUUAUAGAUGUGGCACAUUCUCAGUACUGUCUGUGUGGUGCAGUGUUAGUCCAAAUCUGUGUAAUCAGUAAUAUUAGCAUUACAGAAGACACACACAUGACAUAGGCCCUAUUUGUGCAUCAUUUUCAAGUUUAAAACAGACAUUUGUAAUAAACAGAAAGCAAUUUGUAAUUAAUUAUAUUACCUACACAAUACUUGUAAAUGUUUUCUUAAGCCUUAUGUUUGGCUUUUUCAUUCAACUCAUAAGGAGUUGCUUUUCUCACUUGUCACUAUCAAAUCUAAUGAUUUUUAAUUUUGGUACAACUUCUUAAAGGGUUGAAACUUGUGAGAAUAACUAAGGGAACUGAUAUUCUGAAUAAAUGAUGUGAAGUAAACAUAAUUGUAUUUGAAAUGUACAAUUACAUUUUAUUAAUGUGUAGUUGAAAUUUGCAUAGUAAGUCCUCGAAUUCCAUAGAUGUACCAAAUUGCAUUUUAUAAUACCAAUUGUCAGUAUUUAUUUAGAACUUAAAUUUAUUAAGUACAUUUUAAUGCUAUAUAUAAAUUUUAGAUAAAGCCUCUCUUAUUUGUUUAGUAAAAAUAGAAACAAAUCCCUUCUAAAAUUUUAUUCUAGAGGUUGGUUUCUUGCUUUCUGAAAAGAAAACAAUUUUUUGCACAAAUCUCUUAGUGAAUGUCCUUGCAUUUCUCAGGCCAUUGAAAAGGUUUAUAUAAGAUUUUAAUAUUGUUAUGUAAAGCAAGACUGGUUUGAAUUGGUUUACUUGGAAGAAGACAGGAAGUUAAUAAAAUGAGAUCCCAUUCUCCAUGAAGUUCACAUCUGAAAAAGAAACAGUUGAGCUUUGUGUUUCUUACACAUUUAACUUAACUAGCAGAUGACUUUUGUGCUGAUUAAAGCCUUACCAUGAUGUCAUGAUCAAGAUGCUCUUUUAAGGAUUAUUGUACUGAAACACUGAAUCAAAACUUGCAAAGCUGGGUACUAAUCGUCAUUGGGAUUUUAAAGAAAUGUGCUUGUCCAUUUGGAGUGUCGGAAGGUCCUGCAGUUUAGACCUUUGGUCUAAAAAGUGCUUUAUUUGCAUAAAAUAUAUUUUUGAUUGUUUUGGUUUCUAAGGAAUCAACUGAAUAUUAGUAAUUUGGUGAGGAAGAGUGAGUAGGGAGUAAAAAGGAGUAUUACGUUCUUUCCCAGCCUCCUUUUCCUUGCCAGAACUGUGGUGUUGUUUCAUCAUUUUAUAACGUUCUAAGAAAUGAUUAUUUGAAUACAUUAUCUCCUAUCUUUGCAUUUUGGGGGAUCUGCCAAAAUUUGAGGAAAUUCUGAAGUCAGUGUUGUUUUUUUAAUUUCACAAUGCCCAAUACAUAAACCAGCCAUUCGUUCCAUUUAAGCAGCUGUAAGUGGAAUUUUACUGAAGAGCACAUCAUUGGUCUUCCCCCAUUUUGUUCUCUUCCUGCAGUCCUGUUCUGCCCAUGUUUCCCUGUGCUUAGAAACUAUAAGGUGCUGAAAACUUUUGUUUUCAUUUUCUCUUAGGCUGAAGUAGUUUUCAGCUGUGCUCACUUAAAGGCAUGGGCAGCAUAGAGGGUCUGACAGUAGAAGGGUAAUAUGUAGUGUGAUUUUUUGUUGUUGCUUUCUGAGAUAACUGUAUACUUAACAUUUUUAUUAUUGGAUUGGAAUCCAACUGAUACUCUUUUAUAUACUUGAUUAUACUGCAGUUGCCAGCAGGAAAACAAUGUACAAACAUUUUUAAAAAUGCAUUUAAAAUGAAGGGCAUUCUGCUUUUUUUUUUUUUUUUAAGUGGCAAAGUAAAUCUCAGUGUUUCAAGUCAGAUUUAGGCAACUACAUUUAUUAAGAUUUUACAAUUAUAUCUUAGCAUGUUGUUUAAUUGUUAUUUGCUUAAAUGUUUACUUCUACUCUUGAGGUUUUCCUAACGUGGUAUUAUUUUGUAAUGUAAGUUUUAUUAAACAUACACCCAUUUUCAUUUUUCUGCUAAAACGUGUAUUGUUUGCAUUCACUAAAUUUAAAAACAUUAAAAAUUAUUUUAAGAUA